GGGUCUCAGCCCGGGUGGCGGCUGGGGUGAUCCGCGCGGGCAUGGGGGAGGCCAGGACUGGCGCGGGCGCGUUGGCUAGUGGGCUAGCUUCCGCAGGGUCGCCGAUGCCGGAGGCCGGUCUGGAGGCGGAGGUGGCGAAGCUGCUGCCCUUCCUGGCGCUCGGGGCGCGGGCGGACCUGCAGGCGGAGGCGGCGCGGCACGUGCUGGAGCUGACCGGCUCCGGGCCCGGUCGGACGCUGCUGGCCGGCCAGGCGGCCCUGCUGCGGGCGCUGGUCGAGCUGGCCGCGGCCCCGGCCCCGGCCCCGGCGCGCGACGCCGCUCGCGCCCUCGUCAACCUCGCUGCCGAGCCCGGCCUGCACGAGCCGUUGCUGCAGGCCGAGCCCGAGCUGCCUGCCCGCCUGCUGGGCCGCGCGUUGGAUCCACAGUGGCCCUGGGCCGAGGAGGCGGCCGCCGUGCUGGCCAACCUCAGCCGAGAGCCGGCGCCGUGUGCCGCGCUGAUGGCAGCGCUGGAGGUCGCGGAGCCGGGGGAGUCAGGCCUGGGGCGGCUGGUGCGCGCGCUGUGCACGCCUGGCUACAACGCCCGCGCGCCCCUGCAUUACCUGGGGCCAAUGCUCUCCAACCUCAGCCAGCGUCCCGCGGCGCGCGCCUUCCUGCUGGACCCCGACAGGUGCGUGGUCCAGCGGCUGCUGCCCCUUACCCAAUUCCCAGACUCCUCCGUGCGCAGGGGCGGGGUGGUGGGGACUCUCCGAAACUGCUGCUUCGAGCAUCGACACCACGAGUGGCUGCUUGGGCCCGAGGUGGACAUUCUCCCUUUCUUGCUGCUGCCCCUGGCUGGCCCUGAGGACUUCUCCGAGGAGGAGAUGGAGCGGCUGCCUGUUGACCUGCAGUACCUGCCGCCAGACAAGCAGAGGGAGCCUGAUGCCGACAUCCGAAAGAUGCUCAUUGAAGCCAUCAUGCUGCUGACAGCCACAGCACCUGGUCGGCAGCAGGUGAGGAACCAGGGAGCCUACCUGAUCCUGCGUGAGCUACACAGCUGGGAGCCGGAGCCCGACGUGCGGGUGGCCUGCGAGAAACUCAUUCAGGUGCUCAUUGGGGACGAGCCAGAGCAGGGCAUGGAAAACCUCCUGGAGGUGCAGGUGCCUGAAGACGUGGAGCAGCAGCUGCAGCGGCUGGACCGCCAGGAGCAGGAACAGCACACCCGGGAGCGGUCGGAGGAGCUGGCUCCGGAGCCACGAGCUGGAGGGGCUACAGCCACCUGAGCUCCGGGCCUUCCCGCAGGCAGCUGUGGGCCCCUGGGUCUCCCUGCUCAGAGGUCGUUCCCUGCCGAGAGGUCUCUAGGGCGAAUGUCCGAUACGCCUGGGAGGGCGAGGGGACCUCUUUGUGCCCCGUGACUUCCAGCAACUCCGGUUGCUUGGAGCAGCGCUGGUCGGUCAGAGCCAGCCGUGCUCCGGGACUCUCGGGUGCCUCCAGGAAGAUGGCUCACGGGCGGGACGGAUAAACAGUGCAAGCCUGAGCGGCCCCGGAGGGCACCGUCGAGGUCUGUGCAUUGGUGGGCGUCCAGGUGUAAGCAGGGCCCUUUGCUGCCAGGCCCACCCCAAGUGCUCUAUUCUGGGGUCCUCAACGUGCCCUGCCUGAGACCCAGCUUCAAAGGACUGACCUCGUGAGACUUCCAGCAUCAGCCUGUCCUGGGAUCUCCUAGGGCUGUGACCCCCUGGUCUGUCCUUGGAGCGCUGGCUGGGCGCUGUGUCCCCGUCAUUCUCUCCACCUUCCUGCUUGACCUGUGCCCCGGGACGGCCCUCAGCCCCUUGCUGUCUUCUCUGGCCCGCCCUGCUGUGACGUCCUUGCUGUCCGCUCUGACCGGCCCCUGUCCUUGGAAGGCUUCCUCGAGCGUCCGAGCCCUUUGCCUGACACACUCAGAGUGUCUCUGUGAUGUGCCUGCAUCCUCGCUCUUAAGCAGACCUCUCCCCUUCCCGCCCUUUGUCACCUUGGAGCCUCCUAUGGGCCCAAGAACCUUGUCCUUCCCCAGCUCCUUGUGUGGUCCCUCAGUUCUAAAGCUGCCACACCAGGCCUGGUAGAGGGUCAGUGUGGCCCUCCCCCUGCCGCGCUCCUUUCCCAGGGCCAUCUUUGGCACAGGAUUCCAGAGUCCUGGCCUUCCCGGGCCCCUUGCACCCUGGCACUGGAGUGCUGCUGCCGCGAGAGCUCCUCGCACCCCCACUCCGCGUGUCCUCAGUCCUGGCACUGCCUGCAAAGCUUGGGGUCCACUCCGGUUCCUCCCGUUGAGGCCGGUCGCUUCGCGGGUACGAGGUAUCUCUUUCCUCUCUGGUACUCUCUGUAGUUUUCUUCUCCUCCCAACUAAAAACGUGGCACGGAGGUGUGUUCUCCCGGGAUGGUUCCCCGUGGCUGGUUGCCCUUCCUGCACAGAGACAUCCACAUCCCCUCCACAAAAUAAACGCUUUAUCUGGCCUCGCCUCUGCCCACCCAUG